GCUUUUCUAAAAAUGUUGUAUGCUAAUCUGUCUCAGACCAACAUCACUGCUGAGCUGCAGUAUCAGGGGUUACUGGGAUUAGUGUUGUUUUCUGCUCCAGUUAUGGUUCCAUGCUGUGUGUUUCUCUUCAUUAAUGGGACCAUGUUAUUCAGCCUGAGGAGUAAACCAGUGUUUCGUGAAACCUCCCGUUACAUUCUCCUGUAUAACCUCCUGUUUGCUGACACUGUGCAGCUGGUACACAGUCAGGUCCUGUAUAUACUGGCUGCCUGUAGAAUAAUGCUAACCUAUCCUGUGUGUGGUGUUCUCACCAUGAUCGCUAAUCUCACAACUGUGAUCUCUCCUCUGACCCUGGUGGUGAUGUCUCUGGAGAGAUAUGUAGCUGUGUGCUACCCACUGAGGCACGCUACCAUCAUCACCAUCAGAAACACAGGGGUGGCUAUCACUGUAGUUUGGGCCUUCAGUUCACUAAAUGUCCUCACUCGAGUUCUUCUGUUGUUAAAUUUUCCGUUUGAAGAGCUGCAGAGCCUGCAGAUGAAGGACUUCUGCUCUGACACAGCCAUGAUACUCGGGCCAGGGUCUGAUCAUUAUGGCAAAGCUUACACUUACUUCCUGUUUGUAUCAGCGAGUGUUGUGAUCACUUCCUCCUACAUUGGUGUGAUGGUAGCAGCCAGGUCAGCCUCCACAGACAAAGCUUCGGCUCGUAAGGCUCGUCACACACUGCUGCUGCACCUGCUGCAGCUGGUCCUCAGUCUGCUCUCAACCGUACACAACCCACUGCUCUUCUCUAUUUCCAAAACUCAAGACAGGGUCACGAUCGUACGUAUCCAGAUAGUUCUUUAUCUGUGUAUUAUCAUCCUCCCCAGAUGCCUGAGCGCUCUGAUUUAUGGUCUUAGAGACCAGACCAUCAGACCCGCUCUCAUGUACCAUCUCUGCUGUCGGUGGAGACGCUCGUCUUUCCUGUCGGACGUCCCAGCCAAGGAUAAAGUUGGCAUAUUUGUGACUUAA